AUGUCGAAGAAAACCUUCCACAGUCUUUGGGAAGCCAUUCGAGACAACGAGGCAUUCCACAACAAUUCAAGGAAUCCUCAGGAGCACUCGGCGUACCAAUUGUACACCACCUUGGUUCACUUAAGACGACGAGGGAAUGGCAUGUCCCAUGGAGAGGUUGCCGAGAAAUUGGGGAUCAAAGCUGGUACAUCAUUCCUAUGGACUAUGAGAACUCUGGAGGCUAUUCACAGGUCCCUCGGCAGCAGGAAGUGUAUUUCUUGGCCUGAUCCCAAAGAGAGAAAGAGGAUUCGCAGGGAGUUUGGCUUGACAUCUCCUUUUAAGAAGUGCGUGGGUCUUAUUGACGGCACUCUACUUGAAUUAGAGUAUGUCCCUGGGCGCGAGGAUAAGCGCCUGUGGUAUGGGAGGAAGGACACCUAUGGGUUCAACAUCCUUGUAGUGCAGACCAAGAGUGUUCGAGUCUAUCGCAACCCUCAGAUGGAACCCCAGCACUACUUUUCUGAUGGCAAGUACCUCCUUGCGGACAGUGGCUUUACACCCAACCCAAACUGCCUUCCAAACUACAAGAGCAAUGCUGGAGGUCGAAACAGGCAUGCAGGUGCAGCCAGAGACCACAAAGUCUUCAACGACCACGUCAAGAAGGUCAGAGUGCGCAUAGAACACACCAUUGGCUACUGGAAGGCGCGCUUUCAGAGUAUUAAGCUGCUGUCACUGCAAGUGAAGUCUUCUGAUCACCAUGUUCUCAAUAUGAGCGUCUGGAUUGUGGUCACUGCGCUACUUCACAACUGGGUCAUUGACCAUGAAAAACUUGAAGAUGAGGAAAUAAUUGACCCCAAUGAUUUGGAAGAGAUCAUGCGAGAGGAGGCAGUAGCUAGUGACAGACUGGACCAAGAAGCUAUCCAGCAGCUCACCGCGGCCAAGCGGCGGGAUGAUGGGUAUAUGCGUGAGGCUGUGCAAAGACAGAUUGAGGGCAUGCAAGUGCGAAGAGAGAACGUUGCAUAUGUGGAUCCAGAGUUACCGCUUUUGGGAUGA